GGUGUGUUCACUUGGUAGGUUUGUGGUCUACUGAACAAGACAGAAAUAAGGUCGAAAUGUUUGUGCAACAUACAACUUUUACAGGUGCUUUUUGCACCUCCACGCGCGACGGUUAUCACGUUAAUAUUUUUCCUCAUGUUUUUUUAUGUAAGAACCAUUAAAUGUCCUACAUGCUCAUUCUCCUGCUCCGUUAGCCUACUGAAACCAAAAUACUUUUGCUGUUGUGGGAAGUGGUCGAUUUUUACAUAUUUAACGUGCAUAUUUCUGACCCUGCAGUGUGUGCGCGCGUGCGUGUGUGUGAAAUUUAUGAUCUUGGCUGCCUUCAUGUGACUGCGUUUCCGUUGCUUGAUUGCUUCCGCAAUUACUAAAGACAUUGCAGAGAUGCAGAUGUCAAGCACUUUGCAUCUUCGGAGAGACCAAGCCAACAGAACCUCCCCGCAAACCGAUGUAAUGGUCUUCUGUAAACUUCACAGAGGAGCGGAGGGCACGAUCCUUGCCACUGGGUGAUCAUGUUAAGAUGCCGGUGUUCGAUCGCUUGUCCAUCGUGCUCUGUCAUGCAGUGGUGCCACUACUGGUUGUCCUGCUUUCAGUCUCAGGAUAUCCGCAGACCUUCCCCUGCAGGCUGAUCCGAAGCACGGCUCUGUGCAACAGCUGUCAGCUCACUGCCAUACCAGAUCAUUUACCACAUAAAACUGAGGAGAUCUUCUUAGACAAUAACCUUCUGUUAAAUCUUCAAGAUGGUUGUCUCUCCAGGUAUCCUCUUCUACGGACGUUCAGCUGUGGGAACAAUCGGCUAAUGACGGUGGAAGAGAGUGUGUUCUCUGAAUCGCCUCUUUUAAAAAACCUCAAUUUAGCCAAUAACGAGCUUUACUAUGGACACAAGCAAGUGGCCCAGUCCUUAAGCUCUCUGUCCCAACUAAAGACCCUUGAUCUUUCAGGUAAUGGCCUCUCGGAGGACAUGGUGUCUCUGCUGGUACAGAAUCUGUCCUCGCUUGAGUCUCUAUACUUGUCCCGGAAUGCCAUGCUGAGGCUGGAUGAGUCAACAUUCAGAAACCUUCAUCAGCUUAGGGAGCUGAACGUCGAGAGAAACUUGUUGUUUGAGAUCGAUGGAGCAUUUGAUCAUAUGAAAAAGCUCCAAAGGUUGAACUUGGCCUUCAACUGCUUACCAUGUUUGGUCAACUUUGAAAUGACCCAACUGCUGGUCCUAAACGCCAGCCACAAUUCCAUUGAAUGGUUCAUAACCAAUCAAAAUUUGACUGAGACCUUUCAGCUGGAGACGUUGGAUCUGUCUGACAACCAUUUACUGUUCUUUCCAUUCCUUCCAACAAAAAACCGAAUAAGAACUUUGUUGUUGUCCAAUAAUCGAGUUGGUUUUUACCAACACUUAUCAAAUUACACAUCUUCAAACUGGUCCACUAGUGUUGAGUACUACAACUUGGGGCAAAAUGUAAGCAGCAUCACAGUAGAGCUCUGGAAUGAGAACCUUCACGGUGAUCUUUCCUCAGUAGAGCUCCUGGACUUGAGUGAAAACAAGGUGAACUACUUCCCUCAGGGAUUCAUUCAGCAGAUGCCGCAUCUUUACUGGCUGAGGCUGAGAAGCAACUGUUUACAGUCCUUCAGUUUGACGCCUGAAGAUCUACCUGUCACCCUCUAUGACCUGGACGUUAGCCGAAACAGGUUAACCGAGCUGAAAGCAAGCCAACACUCCAUUAGCGAGCUGAACAAUCUCACGCAUCUCAAUCUGAGUACAAAUGACCUUCAGAACGUCCCAACUAGGAUUUUUGCUAGUCUACCAAAACUUUGUACACUAGAUCUCAGUCACAACACUGUGGAUGUGUGUUACUUGCCGAGUUCCUCGGGAUGCGUUGAGUGGUCCAACAUCGUUUCCCUAAAACAGCUCUAUCUUGCCGGGUGUAGCAUUCAGAACAUCCCGUCUUCAGCGUUCAAGGGCACACCUCUAACCCAUCUCGAACUUUCUAACAAUCCGGACCUAAACCUCAAACAGGAAUCUCUGGAAGGUCUCGCAAACACUUUGCAGCACUUGGGACUUGGUAAUACUGGUCUUCAAGACUUUGACUUCUCUUUAUACGGCCAUUUGAAAAGUUUAAACAUCUGUAGAAACUCACUACCAGAACUUCCUGAAUCUCUAAUAGCAUUAAACCUGAAGCUUCUGGACUUGAGGGAUAACAUGUUGACAACCAUCCCGUCCCAACAUGCUGGCAUGUUAGCUCAAAGACUGCAGAUUGUUUAUAUGAAUGGAAAUGCCUUCAACUGUUGCCAUUUAAACUGGUACAGUACCUUCGGGGAGAAUAAAGGCAUCAGUAUUGUAGAUCUCUCAGAGAUUACAUGUUUGGACUUAAACCACAGGCGUCACAAGGUUGUGCUUUUGGACGCCAUCCACUGUGGUGGUUUCAGCAAUGAAGAGUCUGUUGUUUGGUACAUUCUUCUCUUUGUAACAGUUAGUGUUUCCAUCAUGGGUAUAUCCGUCAUUUAUAUGCUCACCUUUAAGCCAAGAAUGUUGCCUCGUGCUAUUAAAAAGAGAUGCUGGAGGCCGGCUCCUUAUUGAGAUGCAUGCUAUUGUAAAACUAAUGAAUGUCUCUGUAAUAUAAUCCAGCAGGCACACAACAUCAUAAGAUGUUGAUAUUUGGUUAAAUUUCGGUUGCGACGUCUGGUGACCAAAAUUCAAUGUAAAUUCAACGUCUAAUGUCAGUGUUAAAUUGGUGUCCAAUACUGACGUCAGCUGAUGUUGAUAUUUUGUUGUUUUUAGGUUGUGUAACCAAAAUCCAACGUUAAGUCAAAUACUGACGUCAACCCGAUUUUCAUUUUCAACUAAAAUGCAACGUCUGCCCGAAGUUAUGCCCAAUGUCAAUCUGACGUUAUAUAGACGUCCAGUGCCUGCUGGGAAGGGGCUAACAUGUUAAAUAUGCUCUUAAAGGUUGCUACUUUCAGACAUCUGGACAUAAAGGAAGAGAAAUAUGAUAUUAAUGUGAAAGAUUUAGGCCAUAUUGGUCUCUAAACAUGAAUGUAUUUCAUUUUAUCCUCAUUAAAAUGCAUGAAAAGCGUUUGGCUGCUGGAUGGUUUGUCAAUGUGAAAGAUAUUUCCCUUUUAAUGAAAAGUUGCAAUUAUACUUUCAGUCAUGAUAUUUUAUAUUUGCAUUUAUUUUAUUCAUUUGGCAAAAGCUUGAUCCAAAGCAACUUGUGGUGCAUUCAAUAUCCCAGGUAACAAAGUUACAAGCUAA